AUGGCCUUCACAGGGGAGUUCUCAAGAGAUUGGGCAUGGCUUCCGGAGGGCCUUCUGCACUCCAUUCUUGAAAAAUUGGUCGCACUCCCGGACUACGUCCGGUUUAGUGUUGUUUGCAAAUCAUGGCUCUCUGUUGCGGUUCUUCGCCGUCGGCUCAACACCACCAUUCACAACCAAAUACCAUUGCUAAUUCUCCCUCCUCGUAAUACUGGCAGCUCCGACCAAAGGAAUAGUUUAUACAGUGUCACAGAUAAAAGAGAAUACAAUUUCAAAAUUGCAAUUUCUGACAAGAAGAGAAUUGCUGGAUCUUCACAUGGUUGGCUCUUCGCUGUAGAAGAACACAAGGAUUUAGUCCUCAUCAAUCCUUUCACUCGUGGGACUAUCCGACUACCCCCCAUUGUACCACUCCCGAAAAUUGGAUUCGAGAAGGUUGAUUUUCGUACUUUGGUUGAGUACAAAGUUGUCAAGGCUUCACUCACGGCUGACCCUAUUUUAUUUCCUAAUGAUUAUGCAGUUGUUGCAAUCUAUGGUAGUUCUCGAAAGUUGGCAUACAUUAAAUCCGGUGAUAAAAGUUGGAGGUUUCUUAACAUACGACACCAAUUUUUCUAUGAUUUCCUUAGUUAUAGAGGUCUUAUAUAUGUUGUAGACCGUUCUAGCAUGGUUGUAUCCAUUGACAUUAGUGAUAGCAAUUUAUCUUCGUCAUCAUCCGUCGUAAAGGUGGUUGUGCCAAGAAAGUCAGAUCGUCCGAAAGCAACUUAUAUUGUAGAAUCAUCGGCAGGUGAUCUAAUGUUGAUUCAUAGGUAUAUAGUUCGGAGCGGCUAUGGUGAAAAACGGACUUCCACCUUCAGGAUUUUCAAACUACAGUUCAGUUCAAGCGGAGAGGCAGAGAGGGUUGAACUGGAAAGCCUUGGUGGUGAUACCUUAUUCUUAAGUGAUAACCAUUCAAUGGCUGUUUUUGCUUCUAACUUUCCAGGAUGCCGACCUAAUUCCAUAUACUUCUUAGAUCCUUCUUUCAUGAUUGGACAGUAUGCAGCUUUCAUGAGUAAUGACUUGUGGAUAUUCAGCUUCGACGAUUACAGUUUGAAAAGACUCUAA